GAUGUGUCGGCAGAGGGGUUGAGUUGGGAAUAAGAUGUCGGCACCGAUCAAACGUAAAAUAACACUAGAACUCGCUAGCAAGAAAUCCACCUUGAUUAAAGAUCGUCCCAGCGUGUUCCAGCGUCUUGGUACGAAAAAAAUUGGCCGUGCUGGAGGAUCAUCAGCGCAGCAAACGCAGUAUCAGGCACAGGAAGCAGGUGAAAGCAAGGAAGAGAUUGUGAAACGCAUCGUGUCAGCUUCGGAAGAGUCGAUUCCGCCACCAACCGCAGUUACCGUGCCGGAAAGUGUAGCGGCACACGCACGGCUCAUACAGGCUCAGCUGGCGGCUAAAGCGCAGCUAAAGGCAACCAAACAGAUCGCCACGACCAUACAACAACCGACGGGAGGUGUCGCACAUAGUACUGCUGCCGUGGAGAAGGAAGAGUUGGAGGAGGGCGCGCUGAAGCAGUACUACCACCAUCACGAAUCAAUUCAUCAUCACCAUCAUCACCAUCCUUACCAAAAAUAUCAGCAACAGCAACAGGAACAGGAGCAGGAACAACACCAGGAGCGACAUCGUGAGGUGCCGCCGGAGGCUAGACAGCGGCCCCGUACGCCGCACAGCACCGACCGAAGAGUGCACAGUCUAAGUAGCGAACGAAGCAGCACCGGAGCCGGUGCUAGCGGCUGGGAUCAAUCAUCGCUCGAGAAUGCUGACCAAGCCAUUCUAGAGCGCAAGCGUAAGGAACUACAGCACGAGUUAAAGCUAGAAAUGGACGCUAGCUCGGGCAAAAAGAAAGACGGUCGCAGUGAAAUGAGCAAAAAGAUGAAAAAGCUAGUCGGCAGUUCACACCGUUCGCAGCAGAAGCUGCAGCAACAGCAGCACUUGCACCAUCAGCAUUCGCUGCAACAGCAGUCACAGCAUGGGCACGGUAGCCACGGUCAUGGUAGCCACGGGCAUCAGCAGCUGACCCAGCAGCACACAUCCUCUAGCACGUCCGAAAGCUCCAACAGUAGCAGCGGUUCUGAUACGACCGAGUCGGAUUCGUCGAGCUCGUCCAGUUCGUCGUCGCACAAUUCAAACCACCGUCGGUUGAAAAAGCGCCACGCCGUCGCGCGCGCACGGCGAAACGAUUCCAGCUCCAGCUCCGAACCGGUAACGACGUCCACUUCGAUCGGCACGUCAAGCAAACUGUCCAAGCGACACGCGAAAAAGCUGGCCGUAGCGGCAGCAGUUCACGAACAGGCCGAACGCAGCAAGCGUCUGCUAGCGAAGGCGGCCAAGAGCGGCAACAGUGCGGGUGGUGGUGGUACGGUGCUACUGACAAAAACGAUACGAGUAAAGAAAUGUUUGCCGGGCAGCAGUCCGGGCAGCGGAACGCAUCACGUAUCGCGCAAGAUAUCGUCCCGGGAACUGUCACCGACGAGCGCCAAAGCAUCUGCAGCAAAGUACGCCCUUAAGGCAAAGCUGCUCAGUUCUGGUUCGUCUUCGUCGAAAAAGGAGAAAAUGUCGGCGAUCGAUGCACGGGAGCGGGUGCGCGAGAAGGAACGUGAGCUGGCACUGCGCGAGAAAGAGCGUGAGCGUGAAAAAGAACGCUUGAGACUGCGCGAACGGGAACGGGAGCGGGAGAGAGAGCGGGAGCGGCUCAAAAUGCGCCCCGUAUCGCCACGCAUGCGUUCCGGCGCCGCAUCACCUGUCUCGUCACGUGGUGGUGGAGUAGGUAGUGGUGGAGGAGCGAGUGGAGGUGGUGUUCCGAUGCGUGAGUUGCAGGGCAAGGGAAAGAAAAGUCCCGAGCGACGGUUGUCCUCACCGAUGUCAGCAGUUUCCUCCGCUACACGCUACCGGGAAAUGAUGCCGUUACGUCGUGAACGAACGCCUGAGCUAACGCGCGAAGAGCGCCGCCGCCACGAGGUCAUGAAGGAGCGGGAAAGGCGCGAGCGUGCCGACCGCGAACGCGAGGUACUGCGAGAGAAGGAACGAGAAGAGGUUUUGGCCCGUGCUCAGGAGCGGCAGCGUGAACGGGACCGGCUUGUUGCGAAGGAGCAGCAUCAGCAUCCGCAUGUACAGCCACAGCCGCGUGGCUUGCGACGCGAUAACGACGGUGGGCUGGAAAAACCGGACCGGCACCGGCCAGUGGAACGUUUGCUGCCACGUCCAGCAGAGCGUGCCCGUGCGCUGGCAGCGGCCCGAUCACCCGGCAAAUCCGUUGACCGCGAUCGCAGCCGUUCACCGUGUUCGCCCGGAGCUUCCCGUGGAUCGAGAGGUGCAAUGCGUGAGCGUGAUCGGUCGUACGAACGAACGGCGUAUCUGCACGAAAUGCACGAACGUCGCACCUCGAGCCGUUCCCGAGAACGGGAGUACGGGGCCAAUCUUGUGUCACCGCCCAUGCGAUCGGUACGGCGUGAUUCACCUCCACCGCACUAUGAACGACACGUCGGUGGACUGGUACGGGGUGAACCGUCGGUUGGUAGUGGAGGUGGAGGCAGUGGUCGGGUGGAGUACCGAGUGGACCGCAACGAGUUGGCGUACGAUGAGCGCAUGGCGAUGGGCGGUGGUGGAAGCGGUAGCCGUGGCGAUCGUGCACCAGGUGGUGGUGUUGGUGGUGGACGGGAUGAGUACGUGCGUGACUAUCCAGAUGAUCCACCUCCAAGACGAGAACCGCCGCCUCAUCAUGAACGUGGUGGGUGGGAAUGCGAUCGUGUCGAACGGAGCAGUCGGUAUGAGCCGCGAGUGGGCGAGAUGGGGUCCAGCGAUCGACGGGGUGAUUGGAAUAACCGUGGAAAUGAGCACGGUUCAAUACUGGAGCUAGACGGGAAUUAUCCCAGCGGGGGCGAGCCACGUGGGUCCCGUGCAUGGGACGAACGACCGUCGUGGAAGGAAGGUCCUAGCGAGUCUUGGCAUGGUCCGGAUAAGCCGGACCGCAGCAUGGUGCAUGCGGAUUGGAAGUACAAAGAGCGUCAGUGGGAGCACGAACAUGGGGAUCGGGGUGGCAAUGGACCACCAGGCCCUCCACCACCAUCACACGGUGGUGGACACGGGGGACAUGUUGGUGGUGGAGCAGGUGGUGGUCCACCUUCGCGGCGAUCCUGGCAGCAGCCACCGAAUGUUGGCGGUGGAGGCGUCGGUCCGUCCGGUGGAGGAGCAGGUGGGCCGGGUGAUUGGCACGCUUCAAAGGUGGGACCCGUGGGAGACCAUGAACCACGCGGUGACUUUAUGCAUCACCAACAACGGCUCGGACCGCCGAACGAACGCACCAUGUUCCGUCGGCAUCAUCAUCAAGGCCCUUACCACGGUCAUCCACGCAAACCGCAUAUCGGCGUUGGUGGUGGUCCAGGUGUUGGAGGACCAGGUGGUGGUGGUCCUGGUGGAGUCGGCCCGAGCGGAGGCCUUAACCGGUUCGCUCCGAACAAAUACAGCUUGAACCGUACACAGGCGAAUCUUGCCGAACGUCAGGCUGGUAUGGGAAUGGUUCCAAACCAAUCGCCUAACCAGCAUAGCCAUGUUCACCGUCAAACACCGCCAGUUGGAGGUGGUGGUGGUGGUGGCCCUUCAAUGCAGCCACCACAUCAUGGUGGACCGUCUGCGAACCAAUCACCCAUGGGUCAACAGCAACAACAGCAGCAGCAUCAUAACAUGCAUACCAUGCAAAAUCAGCGACAGUCAGGUGUUUUAACAGAACCGCACAUGCACGGCGAUGGUCAGCAACAACACCAUCCCCAUCAUCACCAUGCGCAUCAUCAUCAUGCGCAGCAACAGCAACAGCAACACCAACCAUCUCUGGGCGGCUUAUCCCAUCGUCCGCCAGUCGGUAGCUACGAUCCCGAACCGAAACAUCUUGCUGCACCGACAGCAACAGUAGCAUCAGUGCCGGACGAAACACCUAUACAACGCUGCCAAGUUCUCGAUGAUCCAGCCAGCCCAGCGCCGGAAGAUGCUGGACCAAUGACCCAGGUCACUCCAGCGAUAGCGAAAUCCGGUUCCGGUCCGCUAGCUCCCCAUGAACCAUCCUCACCGCAAGAGCCGGCGUCCGGUACGGUGUCGGCUGUCGUUAACGGUAGUCUGGUGGUAGCGGGAAGCGCACCGACAACGGUAAACGCAAUAACACCCGCUUCACCAACCGCCGAAGACACCGAAAGUGGCGAUGUUGCCGGACCGGCAUCUCAAUCGCACGCCGACGCAAUGGAAGUGGACAACUUGAGCGAAAUCAGUGACGAUCCGGACGACAUUCUUACGCGUGACGAGGACAUGAGCGCGAACCAACUAUGCGAUUCUAUAUCGACCGAUCGCAGUGGAAGUAGUCAGCAGGUUGAUCUGAUCGGCAAUGAGGCAGAGGCGGACGUUGGAGUUGAAGCAGCGACUAUACCGACAAUGGCUGCCACAACUGCUGCCGCCGCAUCGACAGUUCUGCAGCACAGUGAAGAGACACUACACCCGGAAGCCGAUACGACCUCGGUUGGGCAGGUUUUGCCCGGUCCGGACAGUAAAGUGGUACCAAUUGCUGGCAGUGCCCCGGUACAGGAGCAACCGACCAAGGACGUAGGCAAGCUCAACGCGAACAAAGAGCUAAAGGAAGAGAUGGAUCUCGAUUUCGAGGAAAUAUCGGAUGGGGAGCUCGAAGCGGAAGAGAGCAGCCGGUGUCGCGGGUUGGGCGAUCCGCUCGGUGUCAAUUGGGGCAGUCUGACGCAGGAUACGCUCCGUCCACUGAAACCGGUCACACAACUCGAGCAGCAGUUCCCAGUGUCGGCACGGAACCGUUGGAAGGCACACCACAUUCUGCUGGAUAUGGGCAUUUCCGUACGGCUGGCAGGUGCGAAUUACGCUCAGCGCGUGUUAACCGAAUCCAAGGAAAAGCUUCGCGAAGAGUUGGAAGAGUUCCGAGCGGCUGCCGCUGCUGCCGUCGGGAUUAAGAAGGACAAGGAGGAAGAGAAGGCAAACGAUGACAAGCCGAUUGCUGGUGACGGUGGAGCGUCCAUGGAAGGGGACACUGCAUCGAUCAAGACGGAAAAAUCCGAAGAAGAGCAAAGUAACAACACAAAGAAACCGAUCGAAGCUGGUGAAUUGAAGCCUACCCAAAAGCAACCCCUACCGGAACUGCCAGCCGGCACGAUUGUGAACAGUAUCGAGCGCGAGCUGGAAGAGGUCGAUCGCAUUCUAUAUCCAAUCGCCGCUGUACAUGUGGCACUACGCGAACAAACACGGCUGCGUCGGAAUCUGAUUCUAGCGACCGAACCCGUUCCUGGGCAACGGCACCAGUGUGGACGGGCGCUGAGCGCACGGAAGGAUCUACAGAUACGUCGACAGCUGUGCGGUUUUCCACCGGCCACACUGGCAACGAUGACUGCCUGUGCAGCCGGUGCUGCGGCCGGUUAUCUGCACCAGGAAAUUCUUGCAGACGCACCGCUCGGUGGCGGGGGCGGUACAACAUCGACCGCACUGCACGAACAGAUCGUACAGAUGUACCGGCAAAUGGUUGCCCAGCAAGAGCAGCUACGGUCGCAGGGUAUCUGCACCACACUGGCAGCGGUCUGAGAGUGUCUGCUGCGACCGUUUCCGGUCGCCG